GUUGAUAGAGGUGGAGAAAAGGGCAGACAUAUAAAUUUAGAAAAAAAAACCGACGUAUAGAAAAUUCGUAGGCUACUCGGUCAGGCGGGCAGAUAUCUCGACUCGACCAUCGAAAAAAACGACGUCACAUCGGGUUGAACGAGACGCGCAUUAUAUAAUCUUCAUAAACCUGCCUCGUUGUAUCCGUUUUUUUAUCAACCAAUGGCCUCUUCUGGACAGCUAUGCAUAUGAAUAUAAAUGCAAAUAUCUGGUAGCGCACUGCUUGAACCGAAAUGUCUGUGAUUAUUUGUGCUGUUGUUAUUUUUAGCCAAAACCAUCCAUGUUUCAUCUGAUGGUUCCGAAAAGGCGCAUAAUUUAAUAGCAUUACAUUAUUUUAUUUGUGAAUGGGGUUUAUCCCUCUGUUUUUGUGGAGAGGAACAUUUUUCUAACGUCGCAAUGAACUGCAUCAUGGAUUUCAAUCAGAUGUCUUAGGGUAUGGUGCCGGUUUAAUCGGUGGAAAGAGGGAAACGCUGUUCAUGUAAACAAGAACCGAGAAUCCUCUCAGAUCCGCCCCAUUUAUUUAUUAUAUCUUUCAGUAUUUCUUGACACAUUUGGAAAAGUGCUUUUUUUCUACCGUUCUUCCACAAAGACGGCAAUGUCAUCAUCUACAUCCCGGCGUGGUUUUGUUGUUGUCUGAUUUUACUACUGGAUAUCGGCAGUUACCCCUGCGCCAAGCCAUACAUCAGUAUUUCUAUAAGGUGACUCAAGCUUGGUCUGCAGUGACAUUCAUCCACUUCACCCUAUUGGUCUUCUAUACCAUGAGCUCUGGCUCCGCCCAGGAUGUGGCGGUGGAGCAUUUCUUGCGUGACAUAGAGAGGAGGGGCAAGCGGCUACAUUGCGCUGUGAUUGGCUGUGAGGAGGAGCAGUGUCCCCGCGGCGACAUGAACCUGCUGUAUCGUAAGAGCCGGCUGGACUGGAGGCACAAGGACCAGGAAGGCAAUAAGAAGAGCUCCAGCCAGAAAGACCCCUCCUCAGCCACGGUGGGCAAGGUCCGUGACCUGGCGUCCUUCCGACGCCACUUCCGCAUGGGCUUCAUGACCAUGCCUGCCUCCCAGGACCUGUCCCCUCACUCCUGUGCCUCUGCCAUGGCCCCCCGCUCCCAGUCCUGCCAUGCCGUGGGCGCUAGAGACACAGGUCUGGAGAAUGGGGAGGAUUACUCUGACACCCAGUCACAGCACGGCGGGCGCUGCCCCCCUACCAAACCCAAACGACACCCCAGCACCCGCCUCAGCUCCUCAGACCCCAGAGCACCUCACAUCCUCCCGGACACCCCUCCACUGCCCCUACCCACUCACUCGCAGGCCAAACACUCAGAGAAGAAGAAUGCAAUGAAGAAGUCAGACUCGGGGGACAUGUCCAAGAAGGUGCCGCCUCUGAAGCCCAAACGAAGUCCUAGCACUCAGCUCUCAUUUGACCCCCCACCGGCCCGCGUGCCCCCUCCUGCCACGCCCCUUCCUUUCCAGGGGGGUGAGGGUAAGCCCCAGGGUGAGGAGGGGGAUGAUGAGCCUGUCUACAUAGAGAUGGUGGGCCAGGUGUUCACAAGGGAGAGCCAGACUGCCACCCCUCACCCUGUCACUCCCGUCGCCACCACACCCGACUCAGACUCAGACCAAAACGAGGCCAUCUAUGAGGAGAUGAAGUAUCCAUUGCCAGAGGACAGAGAGGGACACAAACGCAUCCCUCUCAAACACGAGAGACUGAAAUCCUCCAAACACCACUCCUCUGGCAUCUCUGCCCAUCUACCUCGCCCCUCCUCCUCCCCCUCCUGUUCCAAACCUAAAGCCACAGUGUCCAUUUCCCACUCCUCGCCCCUCCCCUCCUCCACCUCCACCACCCCUGUCCCCCAGCCACUCUCCUCCAGCCCGCAACCCCCACGGGCCCCUACUCCCUAUCUCCUCCAGGGGAACAAAUCAGAGACAGAGUCCACCAGUAAGAUCCCGGCCCCCUUCCCCAACCUGCUGCAGCACCGGCCUCCGCUGCUCGCCUUCCCCCAGCCAGCUGCUGCCUCCAGCGGGGUCGGGGUCCAACACAAAGCUGUUGCUGCCAAACUGGGAACCAUCAGCAUCCAGACCUCCUCCAGUAUGACAACGCCAUCCAGCACCUCCUCUGCCUCUACCACCCCCUCCUCCAAUCUCCCCAUGCUCCUGUCAGGCUGUAAGGAGUCUAAGGAAAGAGACAAGCAGAGCAGAGACAAAGACAAAGACAAAGACAGAGACAGAGACAGCCAGCUCGACCCUGCACCGGGUCUAAGGGCCAGGAGCCACUCCACACCACUGCCCCCUUCCUCCAAGUCCACCUCCCCUUACUCCCACCAGCACCACCACCCCCACCACCGCCCCUCACACUACCACCACUACCGCAAGCCAGAUAGAGGAGACUCGCCCAACCCCAACACCAACAACAAGAAUGGCUCAGAAACCUCCUCCAAGUCCACUGCCCAGACCCAGACGCAGGGCUCUGGCAAGGAGGGCAAGUCUGUGAGCUUCUGCUUGAAGUCAGGCAAAGGAGACAGGGACAGGGACAGAGAGAGGGAAAGAGACGGUCACAGGGACAAUCACAGAGACAGAGACAGGGACAGUGACAGAGAGAGACACAGGGAGAGAGACAGAGAGCGAGACCGUGACAGAGACAGAGAAACAGGGUCCCACUCUACCUCCUCUCAGGCUGAGAGCACUCCCACCACCAACAGCCAUUUAUCCCAGACCAGCACCAGUUCAAACCCAAACCAGUCCUCCUCCACCUCCUCUCAUUCUCGCCCUCACUCUCGUUCCCACCUCCAACGCUCCAACACCCCUCAUGGCCUGCCUGCCUACAAGCCCCCCUCCUCAGACAGCCCACUGCUCUGGACCUACCCCUCAGUGGGCUUCCGGAGACCCCCGGCGUACGACAGCCUGCGAGGAGGGUCUCAUCUGCCCUCCUUGCACCACCAGGGUCACGGUGAUGUGGCCUCCAAAAGCAGCACGGUGCCUGGGCCCGUCCAGGGGAAGGCUGGGUUCAUGCCCUGGGACAGCAGUGGCUUUGGAGACGACGGGUCCUACUGGCCCGUGCAGAGGAAUCUCUCCUUCAGCCAUGGCAGCCGAGAGACAGCAAGAGAAAAGGAUGAAGGACGUGCAUGGAAUGGUAGUGCCGAUGCCCUCCUGAGGGUGGACAAGGAGGAACUGGUCCCAGGGCAUCGAGGAAGAGGAGGAGGAGGAGGCCACUCUGGGAUCCCAGUACGCUUCACUGGAGGGAGGGGGCUGGGCCACAGUGAGUCCCUGGCUGGGAUGGAGGAGGGGUUCUUGGGGUUCCGAGCCCUGCCUAGAGGGGGUCUCCCUCUCCCCUGCCAAACCUUCCCAGCCUAUCGCAAUGGAGAACUGGGUCGAUUCGGCCGCUCAUCAUCCACCUCUGGGGCGAGGCAGGUGGGUGGAUGCGACGUUCAGAGGCAGAGCAGCCUGCCUCAUCGAGAGGCACUGAGUCAGUUGCAUGGGCUGUCCCACUCCUCCCAGACACCCUGCAGUCCCAGUCUGUCUCGACAGCAUCAGCAGCUCCAACUCCAUCAGCAGCAGCUGCAGUUACAGCAACAGCUCCAGCAGCUGCAGCAGCAGCACCACCUCCAGCUGCAGUUCCAGCACCUGGCUCAGCUAGCCCAGGGACAGCCUCUCAACACCGGGGGCGCCGCUGCAUCUGCAGCCCAGACCCAGAGGGAUGGUAAGCUGCUGGAGGUCAUCGAGAGGAAGCGCUGCCUAUGCAAAGAGAUCAAGGCCCAGCGGCGCCCGGACAAGAGCCUGUGUAAGCAGGACAGCAUGCCUAUCCUGCCUAGCUGGAGACGGACCCCUGAACCCCGCAAGACGGGCACACCUCCCUGCCAGAGGCCCCAGGCUGUGGUGUGGGACACUGCCAUCUGAGGGGGGCGGGUGGGGCAGGAGAGGUACCGUAGAAAGAUAGGGGCAAGUACUAUGUACUAAAUAAGUACUAUUGGGCACAAUUGUUGUGAGACACAAGAAGUUUACAAGUUGAGAGAGAUGGUGGGAAUCACUUUCUACAAAAGGUGGGGACUGUUUUCUCUCUUAGGAGUGACAGUGUGAUUACCGCUGACCACAGAAGAGAGAGAAUAUGCAUGAGAGUAAGAUGAGAGUUUUGUGCUCUAACAUGGUAAGACACAUUUCAUGCGGAGCUGAUACAAGGUCGUCAAGGUUACUGAGAUGUUUAGAGGUGUGUGGGCCAGAAAAAUAAUGAACAACUGAAACAUAAAAGUGAUUUAAAGUAUGACUUUGUAGAGAUGGAAAAAGAUGGGGAAGAUUCAGUUGAGGGAUAUACCAAUACAACAUGAAACCAAGAAGAGACAUACAAUCAGUCAGUACUGUGUGAUAUUUUACACUUUAAAUGUGAUUUCUUUGCCUUUAAAUGUAGUAUUCUAAAAGCCCUUCCUUGACUCUUUAUUAAUUUAUUAAACUCUAGUCGACUCAACUUCGCUGAUAUAAAAUAAAAGGGGAGUAUUUAUACUAUAAGAGGGAGUAUUUAUACCCUAAGAGGGAGUAUUUAUACCCCAAGAGGGAGUAUUUAUACCAUAAGAGGAAGUAUUUAUACCCUAAGAGGGAGUAUUUAUACCACAAGAGGGAGUAUUUAUACUAUAAGAGCAACACUGGUUCAAUUCAUUUGGCC